UGGUUCAGGUGCUUAAAUAGAUAAGCGAGUUCAGGCUCGGAUAGUUGAUUUCUAGCGGGUACUUCUCCCACUGCUAUUCCUAGCGAUACUGGAAAAUCUGAAUGGUAGAAACCAUUAUAACUUAGUUUUGGCAUAAUUCUUUAUUGGAUUUGGGAUGUAGUUCAAGCCAGAUUUUUGAGUUUUGAGUUUUACUUUUGUUCUCAGGAUUUUGAUUUGGGUUAUUAUAGUUCUCUCUCCAUUCUGUUUCAAAAGAAAGUAAAAUUGGAGAAGAAGGGAAAGAGAUAAGUACUGAUUUUGAUUUAAAGAAGUGUUGGGCCACCUUUUUUUUCCCCUACUGAAAAUUUGCAAUAUGCCUCCAAUAUUCCAACCAUUGAAAACCAUUUCUUGGGAACACUUCUACCGUAAAUUCAGAUUUCCAGAAAACUAUUCUUCCCUUCUUUACAUUCACUAUCUUCACAUCCCACAUAACCGAAAUCCUGAGAAGAAUUACUUUCAGGAGUCCAAUUCCCAAUCCACUGCAUUUCACUUUGUCCAUUCAGCUGCAAAUGCUCACUUAGUAACUGAAUUCGGACCAAAACCAACAAGUGAAGUAGCUAUCGAUGUUCAAAACAUCCUUAAGAAUUAUAGAGAAAGCGCAACUAGGAAGAUUGAGCUUGCUCUCACUCAAUGCAGCCCCACAGUGACAGAGGAUUUAAUCUUGAAUGUACUAAAGAGGCACCAUUCUGAUUGGAAGCUGGCUUUUAUUUUCUUCAACUGGGCAUCUAAAAGAGGCCAAGCUUUUCUUGGGUCUAGUGUUUAUAACGAGAUUCUUGACAUUCUUGGCAAAAUGAGGCGGUUUGAGGAAUUGACCCAAGUGCUUGGUGAAAUGUCUAAGAGAGAGGGACUUGUCAAUGAGGAAACGUAUAGAAUUCUAGUUAAUAGGUAUGCAGCUGCACACAAGGUAGAGGAGGCAAUUAAUGUUUUCAAUAAGAGGAGAGAUUUAGGACUAGAGCUUGGCUUGGUCGCAUUCCAGAAACUUUUGAUGUGUUUAUGUAGGUACAAGCAUGUAGAAAUUGCAGAAACUUUGUUGUAUGCAGAGGGAAAUAGCUUUGACCUGGAUAUCAAGACGAUGAAUAUUGUUCUGAAUGGCUGGUGUGUGUUGGGAAAUGUACACGAGGCGAAGAGAUUCUGGAAAGAUAUAAUUGGCUCUAAAUGCAAGCCAGAUUUGUUUACUUAUGGAACUUUUAUUAAAGCAUUAACCAAGAAGGGAAAGUUAGGUACAGCAAUGAAACUCUAUCGAGCAUUGUGGGAGACACAGUGCAAACCAGAUGUGGUGAUUUGCAAUUGUAUUAUUGAUGCAUUGUGUUUCAAGAAGAGGGUUCCUGAGGCUUUGGAAGUCUUCAAGGAAAUGAAUGAGCGGGGCUGUUUACCAAAUGUGGCUACCUACAACUCGCUUAUUAAGCAUUUUUGCAAAAUUCAGAGGAUGGAGAAGGUUUAUGAGCUUUUGGAUGAAAUGCAGGAAAAGAAGGGGAGUUGCAUGCCAAACAAUAUAACUUUCAAUUACUUGCUCAAGGCAUUGAAGAAACCAGAGGAACUUCCUGAGUUUUUGGAAAGGAUGAAGAGAAAUGGAUGUGCAAUCAAUGGCGAUACAUAUAACUUAACCUUGAAAUUGUAUAUGGAUUGGGAUUGUGAGGAAAGAGCAAGAAAUACUUGGAAUGAGAUGGAAAAAAAUGGAUUGGGACCUGAUCGGCGAUCCUAUACUAUCAUGAUUCAUUGGUUCUAUGACAAAGGUAGAAUCAAGGAUGCUCUGCAUUACUUUGGGGAGAUGACGUCUAAGGGAAUGGUGCCAGAUCGAAGGACUGAGAUAUUGGUCGAUACUAUGAAUAUGAAGUUGAAGGAGAAUGCCGAACACAUGGAAGAAGGUGCGAUGCGUGACAAAUCAUCAAGGCUUUUGCACAAAAGGAGAAGGAAGAUAAAAGUGAGGAAAUAGUGGUCCAUUGGGGCACUGUGAUUUCCCUUGCAGAAAAAGCACUCAAUUUACAGAAUCUAAUUGGAUAUAGAAUGCUUGAAGAUCGUGAGCUCUGAAUUUAUCUUUUAGCUCUUUCCAAUCCUCUUUGACGUUGACAGCUCCAAUUAACAGAAGCGGAAUUGACCUCAUUAAAAUAGGCAUCUUGAAAGAUUUGGGCAAGUCCUCAUCUACCCCAAAAAAUGUUAGAUUCCUUGCAAAAUUCACGACAGAGGCUGGAAUUAUUAUUAGGAGGAACCAGACUGGCAUAAGUGCAAGGCACAGAGGAAGCUUGCUAGGGAGAUCAAAACAGCUCGUGCUUUUGGUCUAAUGCCUUUCACAACAAUGGGAACCUAUGUUGCAUGGAAACAGAAACGUGGAAGCUUGGAAACGUGGAGCGGAAACGGACACAGGGAAACAGUAUUUUUAAAAAUAUAAGAAACAGGAAUGUGGGGAAAAGUGUUUCCAAAUUACUCAUUUAUUGAACGGGUCCAAAACAUUUCCAUGGAGUUUCCAUGCGUUUCUGUGCAGGAAACGUUUUCAAAAUGCAGAAACGGCAGCCAAAGGGAGUUUUCGUGCAACGUAGAUGGAAACAAAGUCAUUUGUUUUUGGAAAAAGUAUGGAGAAUCUUGAAGAGGACUUCGAAUAUGAGACAUACAAUACAGUUGAUGAUGCAAAUGGCAAAGAUGACUUUGUUGGAGCUUAGGUAGAUUUUGAGCCUGUCUCUGAUUUUUGUAUCAUCCAAUUAUGGAAGUCCUAGUUGCGUCCUAAUAAUUAUAAUACUGUAGAUGCCUUUCGCAGUCAUCAUAAACUCUGUUUGCAAUUAUAAUUUGUCUCCCUAAAUUGAAGUUCAAAGCAUAUAAUACAAAGGACAGGUUUAGAGUUUAAGAACUCGUUUGGAUCAACGGAAUUUAAUCCAUGAAAACAUUUUGUGGAUUUAUCCGAUUCAUUUCUUUAUAUAUAUGAAUUCAUGAAUUUAGCUUUCUUGGGAA